AUGAUUCCAUAUCUCCUCAGCGUCGUCAUGGCGGACAUCAAUGUGGAGCAGGUGUUGAAGAAGCUCACCACCAAGGAGAAAGUCGCCCUGACGGCUGGAAUUGACUUCUGGCACACGGCCGCCAUCCCGGAGCAUGGCAUUCCGUCUCUGCGCCUGUCAGACGGCCCCAAUGGCGUCCGCGGCACCAAGUUCUUUCAGGGCACCAAGGCCGCCUGCUUCCCCUGCGGCACCGGUCUCGGCGCCACCUUCAACCUGCCUCUGCUGCUCGAGGCCGGCAAGAAGAUGGGUGCUGAGGCCAAGAGCAAGAGCGCCCAUGUAAUCCUAGGGCCCACCAUCAAUAUGCAGCGCUCGCCCCUAGGCGGCCGCGGCUUCGAGUCGCUCGGCGAGGACCCGGUUCUCGCGGGUCUCGGCGCGGCGGCCCUCAUCAACGGCAUCCAGAGCACCGGCAUCCAGGCGACGCUGAAGCACUUUGUGUGCAACGACCAGGAGCACCGCCGGAAUGCUGUACAGGCCAUUGUUACCGAUCGGGCGCUGCGUGAGAUCUAUACCCUGCCGUUCCAGCUCGCUGUGCGGGACAGUAGCCCGGGAUCCUUCAUGACCUCGUAUAAUGGCAUCAAUGGCACCUAUUGCAGCGAGAACAAGGAGCUGCUGGACGGCAUCCUGCGCAAGGAGUGGGGCUGGGACGGCAUGAUUAUGAGUGAUUGGUAUGGCACAUACACUACCUCGCAAGCGGCCCUCGCCGGUCUGGACUUGGAAAUGCCAGGCCCGCCGCGAUUCAGGGGUGACUUGCUUAACUUCGCCGUGGGCACAGACAAGGUCCGCGAGCAUAUCCUCGACGAGCGUGCCAGGGCCAUGCUCAAGUUCAUCAAGAAGUGCGCGGCAUCGGGCGUUCCUGAGAAUGGGCCGGAGAAGGCAGAGAACACCCCCGAGACUGCUGAGCUGCUGCGGAGAAUUGGUGCCGAGUCGCUGGUUCUGCUCAAGAACGAGGGAGAUGUUCUUCCGCUAAAGAAAGAUAAGAAGACUGUUGUCAUUGGUCCUAACGCCAAGAUUGCAACAUAUCACGGAGGUGGAUCGGCUUCUCUGGCAGCUUUCUAUGCGAUUACGCCAUUUGAUGGUAUCAGUGAGAAGCUCAGCUCAGCUCCCGAAUGGGCUGUUGGCUCUUACUCACACAAGAUGUUACCUCUCCUGGGAUAUUCCGUAACGUCUCUAUCCGGCACACCAGGCAUGACCAUGAGGGCCUACAACGAGCACCCCAGCGUCGCCAACCGCGAAGCAACCGACGACAUUGUCAUCGACAAGACAGAUCUGCUACUCGUGGAUUACUACAACCCUAAGCUCAAGUCCGCAACCUGGUACGCCGACUUUGAUGGUUCGUUCGUCGCUGAUGAGGACUGCACUUGGGACUUGUCUCUCGUUGUGUGCGGUACGGCUAAGCUGUACGUCAACGGCGAGCUCCUUGUCGAUAACGAGACUAAGCAGACACCCGGUAAUGCCUUCUUCGGCACUGGCACCGUGGAAGAGAAGGGCCAGCUGAAAGUGAAGAAAGGCGAGACUUACAACUUCAAGGUGCAGUUCGGCUCCUCAGCGACAUCCAAACUCCCUGGAGCGCUCGACCUCGCUGGCGGCGGCGCGCUGCGCAUUGGUGGUUGCAAGGUGAUCGAUGAGAAGAAGGAGAUUGCCCACGCGGCGGCUAUAGCUAAGGACGCCGAUCAGGUCAUCAUCUGCGCUGGUCUUAACGCAGACUGGGAGACGGAGGGAUCAGACCGAGACGGCAUGGACCUGCCGCCGCCAAUGGACGACUUGAUCGCGGCCGUGGCUGCCGCCAACCCGAAGACGGUGGUGGUCAUGCAGUCCGGCACCCCGGUCCACAUGCCGUGGGUGAACUCCGUGGCAGCCAUCGUCCAGGCGUGGUACGGCGGCAACGAGACCGGAAAUGCCAUUGCCGACAUCCUAUUCGGCGACGUCAACCCCUCAGGCAAGCUCAGCUUGAGCUUCCCCAUCCGCGUGCAGGACAACCCGGCCUUCCUGAACUUCCGCGCUGAGGGUGGGCGCACAAUCUAUGGUGAGGACAUCUACAUCGGAUACCGAUACUACGAGUUUGCGGACCGGAAAGUCCUGUUCCCCUUCGGUCACGGUCUCAGCUACACCCAAUUUGAGUUUAGCGGACUAUCCGUAUCGGACAAAGAUGGUAAGAUCACAGUCAAGGUUACGGUUAAGAACACUGGCAAGGUCAAGGGCGCCGAGGUUGUCCAGGUAUACGUGGAGCCGAAGCAGAAGGCCAAGGUAAACCGGCCGAUCAAGGAGCUCAAGGGCUUUACCAAGGUCGCCCUAGAGGCAGGCGAAAGCAAGGAGGUUAGCGUCGAGGUCGAGACAAAGUAUGCCGCGAGCUAUUGGGACGAGGACCGGUCACAGUGGUGUGUGGAAGAGGGUAAGUACGAUGUCAUCGUGAGCAACAGCAGCGAGGUCAAGGAGGGCAAGGCGCUCCGCGGCUCAAUCACUGUACCCGAGACUUUCUGGUGGAAGGGGCUGUAA